AUGAGCCAAGUAAAAUCGAUCAGAUCCUUUCAUAGUUCUGCUGGGUCUCUUCUGAAAAGACCAUGGAAAACUUACAAAGACGGCACUCUUUUUUAUGGAGAAUCCAAGACUGGUAACAACAGAGUACCUCUAGGAACAAAACAGGGUAACAAAAACUUUUACAAAGGUACUCGUGCUUCAGGUAUUGGACGAUUCACCAAACAUGGCUCUUACAUCAUUGACCCUGCCCGUACGAGGACUUUUGUCGUUCCUGUGACGGGGGCUUCUGCCAGCGAAUCUCUUCGUCCGUUCGUUUCUUCCAAUGUACCGGAAAUCAAACAACUAUUUCAACCAUACAAAGGACCAACCGACCCAUUGUUAUUAUUACAACGUGCCCGCAAUUUUGUGGAAAACGGAAAGACUGAAAAGGAAUUUACUCAUAAUUAUGUUGAAAGGGUUUAG